ACCAGCUCUGGUAUGUUCACGUUUCCCGAACCAAGAAGCCGCGCUCGAUAUUCUCAGCCAGGCGGGAGGUCUGGGGUCAGCGACUGGGCUGCGAAGCGGGAGAGAUACACCUUGGCCGUUCGUUGCUUUUCCCUGUUUCUCUAUGGUGGUGGAUAAGGUGAUUUGCGGUACGGUUAAUCGGAAGGGCUGACUUUUGAGGAGGUCGAACAGUAACAGAGUUGGAAGGGAUCUUGGAGGUCAUCUAGUCAACCCCCCUGCUCACACAGGAGACCUUUACUAGGGAUUCGAACCGCGGAACUGCCGACCUUUCUGAUCGACAAGCUCAGCGUCUUAGCCACUGAAUGGAACGAUGGGCUGCUGGGGGUUCGCAGGGGUUUGGGAGAACCUCUAGCUAAGAUUCUGUGUAGUUUGGAGAACCCUCAAAUCUCACUCCCGUCUGGCCCCGCCCACCCCACCCUUCCCAGAAGUCCCCACGCAGCCCGUUUGGAUGCAGAAUAGUAUUGACCUUUGGAAUAGAACAAAUAGCCUGAAGGAUUUGUGACAUAUAACCUGCUUCCAAUAUCAGAAAUACUUAGCUGCCCCAAGCCAACUGGUAGAGCCAGGUCUUCAAGCCCUGGUGGAAGGUCAGGAGGCUGGGAGCCAAUCUCACCUCAGGUGACAAGAUGUUCCAAUGAACUGGGGGCAUGUCAGAGAAGGCUCUUUUUCUGGAAUUCCUUGACUGAUGGGACCAGCAGCAUAUCUAAUCUGCCAGCACAAGUGGGACUGGCCUCAUCAGGAUCUGAAUCCUGAUUGAAAGGGCUCCAGAUAAUCCAUUUCAUCCAGGAGCUUCUGGAGUUGCCAAACAGCCAUCUAUUCUACCACCUUCCCUAAAAGGGGAAGAUGGGAAACUGGCCGAAAACUGUUCAGGCUGUGAUUCCAAGUGCAUUUACGAAGGAAGCGUUUCUCAAAUUCCCAACAUCCAAUACAAUUGAGUCACCUGGAUAUGUUUGUUCUUUGAGCGAUGUUGACGGGCAAUGAGGAUAUGGGUCCAGAGAGGUCAGCAACAUCCUCAGGCAAUGCUUGGAAAAAAAGCCCACUCUUAUGCCUCACAUCACUCGGAAUUGGCCGCCAUGUUCUACAGCAGAGUACAGAGCUGUAUGUUAGCAGCUGGCUACCUUGCUUAUCUACUGGUGGGCGCUUUCAUCUUCCAGGUUCUGGAAAAAGAUGCUGAGAGACUACAACAAGGCAUCACCUUUAGAAUGAAGGAGGAUUUUCUGAAGAACUUCACUUCCCUCAGUGCAGCGGAGGUGAACAUCUUUGUGGAGAAUCUGAUGGAAGCCGUUAGGAGGGGCAUAUAUCCAGCAGAAAAUGAAUUCUCUGAUGAACACAACAAUUGGGAUUUCAGUAAUUCUUUCUUCUUUGUGGGUUCUAUGUUAUCCACAAUAGGCUACGGAAACCUCUCUCCCAAAACGGCUGGUGGUCAGCUUUUCUGUGUCUUUUUUGCUCUCUUUGGAAUUCCUCUGAAUAUUGUCUUCUUGCAGCAUAUUGGCAAGAUGCUCUCUAUGGUCUGCGAACGGCUAGCUAAAUGGUUGUAUAGGAAAGGUGUAAAAAAGAAAACAACCAGGGGCUUGACGCUUCUGUUCUUCCUAGUUAUGGGAAUACUAGUAUUUCUUUGUGUGCCAUCAGUUAUCAUUCGAAAAAUAGAGGGCUGGUCCUAUAGUGAAGCCAUUUAUUUUACAUUUAUUACUCUUAGCACCAUUGGAUUUGGCGAUUAUAUGAUAGGGAGGCAACAUGACAAAUUAUACUUCCCUGGCUAUCGGAUUGUGGUAGCAAUUUGGAUUAUCUUUGGACUUGCUUGGAUAGCGCUACUGUUUAAUUUACUGACAACAUUACUGGAAGACCCAAAUGAGAAACCCAUUGAGGAUUAUCUUCAGGUCAAGACUGUCAGAAAGAAAAAAAAGAACUCAAAAAAGGAUCUGCCUUCUUCACUGGAAGAUGGCUCAGCGUUACAUUCCAGGAGAGAUGGACAAACCAAUCAGUUAUCAUCGUAGAUUGCUAUUGGACUUUCACUGAAAUAGCAGUAUUCACUGAUAUCACUGCAGU